AUGACUAAGAUUGUUACGCUAGAGAAAGACGGCCAUGACCCUCAAACUUACCGCUUCAAGAAUGAAGACGAGCGCCUUAAAGCUGAGCAAGAAGUAUUUGGUAUAUCGUCGGUGAAUGGUGACCUACAUAAAUUUGAAAAAGUCGGAUCUGUCAUGAAGGAACGUAAUCCAGUAGAUGAUCAAUUAAAUGAUGAGUUUGUCAUCAGUGACCAAUCGGUCCAGAAAAAACUAACUGAAGAGUCCGUUCCAUAUGUCGUACAAGUUGGGGAACAAGAAGAAGAUUUGGAUUAUGAUUUGAAAAAUGAAAACAACAGUUCGUCUGAAUGUACAGGUCCUGGCAAGAAAGUUCAAAAUAUGGUUGGAGAAUCUAUUAAAAGUGAAGAAAACCAGAAAGGUUCUGCUGCUGUUACUCAACAAAUAAGUGAAAAUCGCAAAAAUUUAUGGAUAAGUAACUUACCAAAAUUGGUGAAAGCUGCAGAUCUCAAACAACACUUUAGCAGAGCGGGGAAGGUCGUGUCAGCAACUGUUGUUAUGAGCACACGUACACCCGGAGGUUGCUUUGGAUCUAUACAAAUGGCUUCCGCAGAAGAUGCAGCAACUGCUGUUUCGAUUUAUGACUCGACAGAAUUCGGAGGAUGCAUCCUGAGGGUCGAGGCUACAGAACGCAAAGCACCAAUUCAGUCAAACAACCUGAAUGAUAGAAUUUCCGGAUUAAACAAAGUUAAAGCUUCUAACUUACCUGAUUCCCAACGUAUGACAUCUAAAUCCAUGGUAUCUCGGAAACGCUAUAUUGACGGACGCAACUGCGCCGCAUUGCAAUAA